AAGAGAUGUACUGUCUGUUUACUUCAUUUGAAGUAAACAUACAUCAGUAUAGGUGUACCUCUAUAUAUAUCGCUGAUAGAAACUGUUGAUCAUCAGUUUUUUCAGUAUAUUUACUUUGAUAAUGUAGAACGGUAGCCUUACUUAUGGAGGUUUAAGGUACAACAGCCUCUAAAGGCAGUUCUUUCCAGGACUUUGUGCUACAAUGAAUGUUCACCUACUUGUUAGACUGGAUCGGUGUGAUAUUUUUAGACAUUUUACAGUUGUCAGUCACUUGUUUUACAUCAUGUGUCCUGUUUCUGUAUAAGUAUGGUAAGUAUGCUUUUUUAAGAUAGUUUAGCAAACUCUAGGCAUAAAGAGUUUUGAAUAUAGCUGGGAAGGCAGGAGAAGAGGGAAGAGCAAAGACAAAAAAUCCUCAGAUUUUUUGACUCAAAAGACCCGAGACUGAUGUGCGGAGGGACAGGUAGUUGCUGGUGUUGCUUGAUAAUUUGUCUUCAGGCCUGUUCCAUGUUGGUGAAUUGAAGGAAAAGUUUGAAAUGCCAUUAAUUAAUUGCUUCCUAAAGCUAGCCCUUUCUAAUGCUAGCCCAUGGAAAGCUGAAAGAUGUGUGGUGGUCCGUUUGAUGUUGAUCACCUUUGCAAAGUGCAUAUGGACAAAUGUGUCUCGUUUGCAACUAACUUCCAGAAUUCCCCAGCCUGCCUUCAGAAACCCCGUGGCUCACUGCUGGCUCUGCCUGUCCCGAAGGCAAAGGAGAGAAGUGCAUGUCCAGCCAUCCAGCGGGAGUGCACAUUCUCAUCAGGCCAUGUAAAGGCAGCUCCGUAUGUUUCCUACCCUGUGACUGGAAACACACCUCUCGUGGCCAAUUUCUAAUUUUUCUCUGUCAUUUGAGUAGUAUGAAUUCAUCAGGUGAUGAGGAAGUGACUAAUGUUUUGAUAAAGUGAUAGAUGACAUUUUGGUUACCUACAGGAGGAGAGGAGAAAGGAAGGCACAGGCCACUCGGCACCGAGUGCCACUGCGAGAGCCCGUUUGGGCCGCUCCACACAAAGGAUGUCGACACAUUUAUUUCCCAAACCCUAAAAGGAGAAAAUCUAUCCAAGAAAGCAAAGGAAAAAAAGGAUGUUCUUCUUAAGAAGAUAAAAGAUAUCAAGGCAAGCUAUCCUCAAGAAUUCCAGGAUAAAGAAUUGGAAGAUGAGGAAGAGUCUGAGGGCUCCUUUCCUUCACCUCCUGAUAGUGUCUCAACAGCAUCUGACCGAUAUGAUAAAGAGGAUGAAGCACCCUCUGAUGGGAAUCAGUUUCCUCCUGUUGCAGCUCAAGAUCUUCAAUUUGUUCUGAAGGCUGGAUACCUUGAAAAACGCAGGAAAGACCACAGUUUUCUCGGCUUUGAAUGGCAAAGGCGUUGGUGUGCUAUCAGUAAGACGAUCUUCUAUUAUUAUGGAAGUGACAAAGACAAACAACAGAAAGGUGAAUUUGCCUUAGAGGGCUACACCAUCAGAAUGAAUAAUAGCCUUCGGAAGGAUGCAAAGAAAGAUUGCUGUUUUGAAAUCUCUGCUCCUGAUAAGCGCAUUUAUCAGUUUACAGCUGCCACUCCCAAAGAAGCAGAGGAAUGGGUACAGCAAGUCAAAUUUGUAAUUCAAGACAUGGAAUCUAAUACUAUUCCUGAGGAGGAGGCAGAGGAAGAAGAAUAUGAUGAUGUUGCACAAGCAAGCAGUGAACCAAUAGAUGAUAGCAUUUAUGAAGAACUUCCAGAAGAAGAAAGAGUUCCUCCAAAGAUUGAAGUGCCAAGAAAACUGAGCCAGGAGAAAGUUACCAUCAUUUCAGAUGGUAAAAAUGCCGAUUACGCUAAUUUCUACCAAGGUUUGUGGGACUGCACAGGAGACGUACCUGAUGAGUUGACAUUUAAACGUGGUGACGUUAUCUACAUUCUCAGCAAGGAGUACAAUAGAUUUGGCUGGUGGGUAGGAGAAAUGAAGGGAACCAUUGGCUUGGUGCCUAAAGCCUACAUAAUGGAGAUGUAUGAUAUUUGAGAGGCCUGGGAGAAAUCUGCAGUUGAAAUCAAGAGUGGUGCGCAGCUGCAGUUUACAGACCCAGCCUCUGAUCGAAGAAGAUUCUGCCGUACGCAUUUUGUGGUUUCAGUGAAUGUAGUCGGAUCACUGCCUUGUAUAUAUUAAACAUUAAAAACUGUAAUUGAUCAUCAUUUUGAGGAAAUGUUCAUCUUACUUUUUAUAGAAUUGUAAUGCUAGGAAAUGAAAUAGAUGAUAAUUAACGUGUGGGGCCCAAGCAGUCAAAUAGUGCCUGUUGAUUUUUGCUUAAGCAGAUUCGCAGCACUCCAUAUUUUUAUAGGUUUUUGUUGUUUCAGUGAAACAUGUUUUUCUGUUACUCAAAUUAAAAAAAAAAGAAGCUGAACUUUGAAAGUAGCAAAUUAUUAUUCUCUUAAUGCAUGUAUUAAUCUUUUGGUGUAGCAGUUCACUGUACAUUUUUGCCUAGCUUCCUAGCAAAAUCAAACAAAAUUUCUAUGUAAUAAUGCAAGUCUUAAAGGUAUUAUGCUUCAAAAUUAUUAUUUUUACAUUUCAACAGAUGAUAUAUUUUUUCAUGUAUGUUUAGUAUUGUUAGUUAGUAUUUUGUUAUCACAAAAUAAAGGAUUGGCUCCUUGGCUAAUGUAAAUCAGCUUAGUUGGUAAUACCGCUGUGCUACCAUUCUGCCAUGCAAACAUGAAUCGUGAAAAUUUGGCAAAGGAUAACGUAUUAAAAAGACAAUUUUUGUACACCAACGUAAGAUAAACGGCGAGUGAGAGUGAUUUUGUCAGCAGUGGAGAAAUAUUCCUUUUUACCUGUUGCUUACAGAUACUUUCACAGAGUCAAACCUGGAUAUCUUCUUUAUGUGGAAAGUCUGGUACAAGUUAUGCAACAGAUCUCAGUUCAACGUUACAGUUAGUAAGGGCUACCUACAGUCUUAGUAGUGUCAAAUUGAGAACUUUGUGGCAAAAGCAUCAGUUGAAACGUUAAAAAAACCCACACUAAAAUAUGCUCGCUUGUGGACAAGGGGCGGGCUGGACAAGUCAGAGUUAAUGCUUUAAAUGCUCUUCUUUUGGGGAUGUGUUUUGCUGUUAGCAUGUAAGAUCAACUUUUUUUGAAUCCUCCCACACAGUUGAUUUGUGAGACCCUUAAUCUGCCAAAAAGGCAGGUCAGGCCAGUCUGUGAAUUGCUGAGCCUGUGCAGGUCUCCUUGUAGUUGCUUGUGCUGUUUAUGCUUCAGGCAGGCCCUGGAAGCAGUGUGGGUUAAAAGGUAACAUUAGGCUAAACUCAGAAUUAGAUCCUUCUAAUAAGCUAAGAUGUUGUGCUUUAUUUUUACUAAUGUAUUUUACUUUCUGGUGCACGCAGUUCUAAUAGGAGUCAAACAGCAGGGUAGAGAGUUUUCUUGUAUUUUUUUCAAAAGAAAUAGUCAUUGAAAUUGAUUCUGUAUGUUAUCUGUGGAGCAUUAAAAUGAUAGAUUAUAGUCUUCAGAUCUUUUACUACUUUAAUUUAUCAAGUGUACUUGUGGAUUGUGUACAGAAUGUGAAGCGUUAAUAUCAUGGCUAUAAAAGCUCCUUCUCUCUUGUUAACAUGGCAGCAUAAUAAAUCUACACACCGAAAUGUC